GUCGCCGCGAAAGGAGAAUAUUUUCAAGUUGUGUAUGGUUUUAUUUAAGAAGUUUUAAUUGAAAUUAUACAUUAAAUAGCAUAUUUAAUACGAUGGAACCGAGGUUGCGAGCUAUUCCAGAGCAAUUCCUAGUUCUAAUAGAUUUUAUGGAAAGGCGCGGCGAUAUCUCGAAACCCCAGUCGAGCGCUCAAGGUCGGUUUAAGGGCCAUCAGCUGUGGCAGGAUUUAGCGACUACGUUAAAUUCUGUUAAUGGUGGUGUUAAAAAAUCAGCAGAUAAAUGGAAAAAGGUGUGGGCAGACUGGAAGACAAAAACUAAAAAGAAAUAUUUAACUAUAAGGCAACACUCUUCUGGUGGUGGUGGGUCUAGCAGCAGGGCCUCUUUAACUGCAUUGGAAGAGAGAGUGGUUGCAGUUAUUGGAGUGUCUGCUGUGGCAGGCCAAGCUAUCCAAGAGCAAGGAUUCAAUAAACCAUCAAAUGACCCACCCUUGAUUCAUGUAGAAGACAGCUCCAGUGAGAUGCCAUCUGCAGAAGAAGAGAAAGGUGAGCUAGAGCAUUUCGUUCCAGAUUAUAGUCAAAACACUGAAUCCAUAGUACAAAGCCCACCACGCACAACUUUGCCACCGACACGAGAGACAGCUACAUCACCACCCCAGCUCUCCCCUUUUUCUCCCUCUCACCCGCGAACUCCACCAGCACGAAGCUCUAGGCGGCAGGCUUCAGCCUCCUCGCGGUCUUCUUUCCUAAGGGCUCGUAGGAACAGAGCAUUGACGCCAUUCGAAAGAGCAACAAAUAAACUACUAGCCUUUAAGAUCCGUCGACUUGAAUUCGAGGAGAGGCGUGACAGGCGCCUCCAUGCUCGCGAGUUGCAGAGGAUAGAGGUCAAUCGAGAGCAUAACCAGUUGUUACAUCAAUUAUCUUUGAUUGGUCAAAGACUAAUUGAUGUGUUGACGCGAUCAACUAGAUUGCCUUCUGAAUGAAUUUUUAAUAUUAUUUAGGUAAUUAGAUUAAUUAGGUUGGAU